UUAAUUACCACUACAACGGUACACUUACAACACGACAAAACGCGAGUUGCUCCAAUCCAAACUGUCGCCUUACUAAUCGUCGAAUGUUUAAAUUUUUAUUCUUAAUAAGUGCUUGAAAUAAUAGUGGGUGAACUUUUUAUCAAAUAAAAAUGGUUACCGUAAAGGGACGAAAAAGUUCAAACAAAAAUCCGCCAAUUUUUAGUCAUGAUUUUAUUAUACAAAACCAUGCUGAUAUUGUAUCUUGUAUAGCUAUGGUUUUCGUUAUUGGACUUAUGAUUCAGGUGACUUCUCCAUGGGCAUAUAUUUUUAUUGCUCUUCAACAUAAUAUUUCUGCGAUAGAUCAACAACAAGAAACAGAUGUUCACUGGCAAUUUGCUACCGGUUGGAAGGAUUAUUGUGCUGUGUUUUUCUAUUUUUUGAUCGUAAUUGUUAUGCAUGCAGUCAUUCAAGAGUAUAUUCUAGACAAAAUUUCGAAGAGAUUACACUUGAGUAAAGUCAAGUUAUCAAAAUUCAACGAGUCGAGCCAAUUAGCAGUAUUUUUUACCUUAUCAGCUAUUUGGGGGAUUGAUAUUAUUAUAAGAGAUAAUUUGGUAUUAGGAGUACACUCACUGUGGGAAUCUUAUCCAUUAUUUAUGUCAUUUUCUAUGAAGUUAUUUUUCAUCAUCCAACUUGCCUACUGGCUUCAUUGUUAUCCUGAACUUUACUUCCAAAAAAUUAAGAAAGAAGAAAUUGGUGCUAAAGUUUUCCAAGCUACUGUUGGAUUGUUUUUCACUCUUACUGCAUACUUCUUCAACUUCCAACAUAUAACUGUGAUGCUAUUAGUGUGCCAUUAUAUUGGAGAUCUUUUCCAACAUGGUGCACGGUUAAUGCACAUUGUUUAUCGUAAAGAACAUAUUACACGAGUGGCUUUCUUAAUUGCCAAUUUCAUCUACGUACUAGUUAGAGUUUUGACUGUGAUUGGUGCUGCUACGUUUUAUAUUUAUGGAUUAAGCAAAGUGCAAUCAUUAUUAGAUUACUCUAUUGGAAACUUCAACGCUCCAGUCGUACGAUUCUCGGCUUUUGGAUUAGUUUUAUUAUUCCAAGCAUAUUUACUUUAUGACUUUAUGAAACGGCAGUCUCUACGAACUAAAGACAGUAGUACGAGUUCUGUUACAGCGGUGAAAGCUAAAUCUAAACAACAAAAAUUAAAGAAAAAAGAAAAUAAAAAAUCAAUGACCUCUGAAGACGAUGACCUUCCAGAAGUUGAUCAAGCGACGAAAAAAAAUUUAAGAUCACGAUCAGCUAUUAAGACAAAAUAAUUUUGAGAUUUUCUAUUAUCACGUAAACCCGUAUUUUAUAUAUUUAUAGAUAAAUUUAUUUGCUUUUGAAAAUAGAAUGAUAAAGGCCAAAAGAAUGAGAGAAAAUAUAUUAAUGUAAAUUUACACAAAAAUUUAUUAAUAAUAUUAUGGCAAAUUUUUUUUAUUUACGUACAUAUUUAUAACAU